AUGGGCAAUAAGCAUGGAAUUAAAUUGUACUUUACAGCUUCUGCUCCUGAGCAGACACCGGUGCCACCCCGGCCAUACCAAGGUGUCCGUGUGAAGGAGCCAGUGAAAGAAUUGCUGAGGAGGAAGCGUGGCCUCGCCAGUAGUGGGCUCACAGUGGCUGCAACCACGGUGGUAUUGCCCCAUCAACCCCUUGCAACCUAUGCCACAAUGGGGCCAUCCUGCCUGGACAUGGAAGUCCCUACAUCCACGGUGACAGAAGAAGGGGCCCUUUGCACUGGUUGGCUCUCCCAGCCUGCUCCUGCCACUCUGCAGCCCCUGACGCCAUGGACACCCUACCCAGAGUACAUGCCACAUGAAGGUGUCAGCUGCCCUUACUCUACUGAUAUGUAUGUUCAGCCUGUGUGCCCCAGCUACACUGUGGUUGGACCCUCAUCAGUGCUGACAUAUGCCUCCCAGCCACUCAUCACCAACUUCACGACUAGGAAUGCCACGCCAACAAGUGGGCCUCAGCUGGAGGGUACGGAGCACCAGGCACCUCUGACUUACUUCUCAUGGCCUCAGCCCAUUUCAGCUCUGCCCAGUUCUACCCUGCAGUACCAGUCCCCAGCUCCUUCACUGCCUGGGCCACAGUUUCUACCCCUUCCCAUCUCCAUCCCAGAGCCAGUCCCUCAGGACCUAGAAGAUACAAGAAGGGCCAUCAAUACUCUGCCCAUAGAAAAACUGCUCCUGGAAGAAGAAGAAAGUGAUACAUAUGGGAUGAAUCACACUCUGUCUGUGGAAGGGUUUUAAUACCUGGUGUUUGAUUUCUUCCUGUCUGAUGUCAUACUGUUUCUUGAAUAUAGGUUGUGUGACUACAUGUGGGAUACAGUCUGGCACAGUAUGGCUAGUGCUAAAAACAUGGAAUCUUAGAGCUAGAAUUUGAAAGAUCACUUUACAGUAUCUUCCUUCUCUUCCUCCCUCUCCUUCCUCCUCCUCCUCCCAUUUUUCUACCUUCUUCCUUCUCCUUCCUCCUUUCCUUCUCAUUUCUCCUCUCCUCUCUUUCCUUCCACUCCUCUUCCCUCCUCUACUCUCAUUUCCCUCCCUUCCUCUUUCCCUUCUUCCCUACAUGCCUGCCUGCUUUCCUGCCUUUCAGUCUUCUUACUACUGUUCUUUAUUUCUUCCUUCUUCCCUCCUUCCCUUCCUCCUCCAAAAAACAUUAAAGAUUUUGGAGCUUCAGAAUUUUAUUUCACAUUUGUUCAAUUCAACCAACCAAACAACCAACAAGUAUUUAUUAGCAUCUACUAUGUUCCAGGCACUGAUCUAGGCAUGGAACAGACAAGGACAAAAAUGAAAACAUCCCUGCCUUCAAGGAGAUUAUAUUAGAUUGGGGAAUUUUUGUGUCUCAUUUUCUCCCUUAGAAGAGUCUCCCUUUUGGGAGUAUACUGUGUCAAGGUAGUGAUACCUCCCCAGUAUCUGAGCCCCAUUAUGCUCACUCUCUGCCCAUCUUUGUAAUUUUGACAUACAUGAAAAAUUUCCCUCCCAUAUUCCCCUGCUUCUCAUUCCCUCCUUUGACCUUGCCAAUAUUUUCUGAGAAAGACAGUUAGGUAGAAGGCUGGUGCCAGAGUCCUUGAGCUUACACUUUUCACAGUUGCUUCUUUGUUUGUGAUGAGCCGUGUUGGACAGAUUUAUAGUUCAUGUGGCAAGACCAAAAACCACUGGGGCUUAGGGGUAAGGAGGGACUGAUGGUAAUAGGAAGAAGGAGAAGAGAGACAGUGACAAAAGAGGAAGCACAGUGUAUGUAUAUUACUUCCAGGAGAGAAUGACAGAGGGGAUAGUUGUGAUGGUGGAUACAAAAGAGGGAUAGAAGGGAAGGGACACUGUGGGAGAGGAAGUGUCAGAGAGAGAAAGGGCCAUAUAUAUUUGUGAGAGAGACAAUACAAGAUGGGGAGAGGAAAGAGAAGGUGGAAAGGAGAGUGUGAUAAAAGAAAGGGACAGAGGGAGGGAAGGAAUUAUAGGAUCAUAGAUUCAGAGCUGGAAAGGACAUUGGAGGAUAUAAAAUCAAUCUCCUAAUUUUACAAAUGAGGAAAUUGAAGCACAGAGAUUUGAAGGGAUUUCUUAGCUAUUAAGAGGAAGAACUAGGAUUCCAAUGAGAACAUUUGACUCUAAAUCCAGCUACUUUUCCACUCUGCUUCCAUAAGGAGGGGGUGGUGAACUAAAGGAGUUUGUAGAGGGAGAGGAAGGACUGACCCAGCUCCACAGUGGUAUGGUUGUUUAGAAUUCACAAUAAAUUUGGGUGGGGGCGGGGAAGGAAACAUUCCUUUAGGCUGAAGUAGAGGUGGGACAUCAGAAAGAGACUCUGGCAUAAAAGACAAAGACACCAAUAACACUUUAUUUUUUCAAUUUUUUUCAAUUUAAAUUAAUUUAGAACAUUUUCCCAUGGUUACAUGAUUCAUGUUCUUUCCCUUCCUUCCUCCCUUUCUCCUCAUGGAGUUGAGCAAUUCCACUGGGUUUUAUAUGUAUCACUGUUCAAAACCUAUUUUCAUAUUAUUAAUAUUUUCAAUAGAGUGAUCUUUUAAAGUCAAUAUCCCUAAUCAUAUACCCAUCAAACCAUGUGAUCAAUCAUAUGUUUUUCUUCUGCAUUUCUGUUCCCACAGUUUUUUCUCUGGAUUUGUGGAUAGUGUUCUUUUUCAUAAGUCCUUCAGAAUUGUCCUGAGUCAUUGUAUUGCUGCUAGUAGAAAAGUCUAUUACAUUCAAUUUGUACCACAGUGUAUCAGUCUCUGAGUACAAUGUUCUCCUGGUUCUGCUCCUUUCACUCUGUAUCAAUUCCUGGAGGUCUUUCUAGUUCACAUGGAAUUCUUCCACUUUAUCAUUCCUUUCAGCACAAUAGUAUUCCAUCACCAUCAGAUAUCACAAUUUAUUCAGCCAUUUCCCAAUUGGUGGACAUGCCCUCAUUUUCCAAUAUUUUUGCUACCACAAAGUGUGACUAUAAAUAUUUUUGUACAAGUAUUUUCCCCUAUUAUUUUUUUGGGGUACAAACCCAGCAGUGGUAUGACUGGAUCAAAGGGCAGGCAAUCUUUUAAAGUCCUUUGGGCAUAGUUCUAUAUUGCCUUCCAGACUGGUUGGAUCAACUCACAAUUCGACCAGCAAUGCAUUAUUGUCCCAAUUCUGCCACAACCCCCCCCCCAACAUUUAUUAUUUUCCUUUACUGUCAUGUUGACCGAUUUGCUAGGUGUGAGGUAGUAUUUCAGAGUUGUUUUGAUUUGCAUUUCUCUAAUUAUGAGAGACUUAGAAUACUUUUUCAUGUGCUUAUUGAGAGUUUUGGUUUCUUUAUCUGAAAACUGCCUCUUUAUGUCCCUUGACUACUUAUCAAUUAGGGAAUGGCCUGAUUUUUUUGUACAAUUGAUUUAGUUCCUUAUAAAUUUGAGAAAUUAGACCUUUGUCAGAGGUUUUUGUUAUAAAGAUUUCCCCCAAUUUGUUGCUUCCCUUCUAAUUUUGGUUGCAUUGGUUUUGUUUGUACAAAACCUUUUAAUUUAAUGUAAUCAAAAUUAUUCAUUUUAUAUUUUGUAGCAUUCUCUAUCUCCUGCUUAGUCUUAAAUUCUUUCCUUUUCUAUAGAUCUGACAGGUAUACUAUUCUAUGUUCACCUAAUUUGCUUAUAAUUUCCCUCUUUAUAUUUAAGUCAUUUUCCCAUUCUGAAUUUAUCUUGGUAUAGGAUAUGAGAUGUUGAUCUAAACCUAGUCUCUCCCAUACUGUUUUCCAAUUUUUCCAGCAGUUUUUGUCAAAUAGUGGGUUCUUGUCCCAAAAGCUGGGAUCUUUGGGUUUAUUGUACACUAUCUCGCUGAGGUCAUUUAUCCCAAGUCUAUUCCAUCAAUCCUUCCUUCUGUCUCUUAGCCAGUACCAUAUUAUUUUGAUGACCACUGCUUUAUAGUACAGUUUAUCAUCUGGUAUUGGUAGGCCCUCAUCCUUCACAUUUUUUCAUUAAUUCCCUUGAUAUUCUUGAUCUUUUAUUCUUCCAAAUGAACUUCAUUAUAAUUUUUUCUAAUUCCUGGUGGUUUGAUUGGUAUGGCACUGAAUAAGUAAAUUAAUUUGGGUAAGAUUGUAAUUUUUAUUAUAUUAGCUCAUCCUACCCAUGAACAAUAAAUGUUUUUCCAAUUAUUUAGAUCUAGUUUUAAUAAUUGGAAAGCGUUUUUAGUUGUGUUCAUAUAAUUCCUGCAUUUUUCUUGACAAGUAGAUUCCUAAAUAUUUUAUAUUGUCUAGAGUGAUUUUAAAUGGAGUUUCUUUCUAACUCUUGCAGUUGAGUUGUGUUGGAAAUAUAUAGAAAUGCUGGUGAUUUAUGUGGGUUUAUUUUGUAUCCUGCAACUUUCCUAAAGUUGUUGAUUAUUUCCGCUAGCUUUUUAGUUGAUUCUCUAGGAUUCUUUAAGUAGAACAUCAUAACAUCUGCAAAGAGUGAUAACUUGGUCUCCUCCUUGCCUAUUUUGAUGCCUUCAAUUCCUUUAUCUUCUCUAAUUGCUACUGCUAAUGUUUCUAGUACAAUGUUAAAUAAUAGAGGUGAUAAUGGGUAUCCUUGUUUCCCUCCUGAUCUUAUUGGGAAGGCUUCUAGUUUAUCCCCAUUGCAGAUGAUGUUUUAAAUAUAAACUGCUUUAUUUUUAGGAAAGGCCCUUCUAUUCCUAUACUUUCUAACAUUUUCAAUAGGAACGGGUGUUGUAUUUUGUCAGCCAAUAACACUUUAUAAAGAUAAGGAAAAGCAUUGCUUUAGAUGCUGACAAGUAAAUUUGGAGACUGUCCCUGGAGGAGGUUUCCCAGAAGAUCUUGGCAAAUCUCUUUACAUGGGAUUAGUAGCCUGGUUGGAGAGCCCUGUCCUACAAAGGCUGCUAGAUGGCUCACUGGAUAGAAUGUUGGGCCUGGAGCCAGGAAGACCUGUGUUCAUAUUUGACCUCAGAAACUUAAUAGUGGCAUACCUUUAGGCAAAUUACUUCACUUCUAGCUUCUGUUUACCUCAGUUUCCUCAACUGCAAAAUGGGGGUGAUGAUAGAAACUCUACCUCUCAGAGCUGUUUUAUCUAGAAGAUAGUAGGCAUUAUAUAAAUUCUAGCCAUUUUUUUUUUAUUAGUUUCUGGCCCUGUUCAAAUCCAUUGAUUUUAACAUAAACAACUUUGAUUCAAGUUCCUAUUUGGACCCUUAUUAGCUAUGUGACUUUAGACAAGUCACUUAACUUUACUAAACCUUACUUUCCCUAUCUGCAAAAUAGUAAUUAUACACAGGCAGUAUAUUCAAAUUCAGAGAUGUUCUAUGGUUUGCAAAUGUACUUUAACUUUCACAAGGAUAUUCUCAGAUUAUUACUUUAGAGUCAUGGUGGCAAACCUAUGGCAUGUGUGCCAAAGGCAGCACUCAGAGCCCUCUCUGUGGGCAUGUGCGCUAUUGCCCCAGCACAAAGUUCACCAGAGUUUGUCACUAGAAAGCCAGAGGAUGUGGAGUUAGACUGCUCUCCUCCCCCUCUCCAUGUACUGAGGACAUUUUUCACAUCAUCUACCCCUCUAAACAUUUUGCCAUCACUGCUCUAGAGUUAUCUAAGAUAUGACAUCCCCUCUCCAAGCAUUAGCCUUUCAUGGGUUCUAUGAACUCCAAGUAAAAAUUUGGUUUUGUUUCCUAUGUUUGCUAGGAAAACAAUCUGUAAUAAACCAGCUUCAUUCAGCUGGUACCUGGCUAGAGUGAGGAGUGGGAUUGAGUGACCUAACUUUCUACUGUGGACAUGAGGUAUGAACAUUAAAAUCAGAGGGAAGGACUUUUCUGAAGAAAGUAUAAAUCUUUCGAUGGGUUUCCUUCAGUGUUUUAACUAACAACUUCUGGUCAAAAUGCCUUUCCUGUUUUUAUCUUUUUCUGCUUGGGUUUUCAUCUUUGUCAGAAUGUUGUCCAACUCAUAUGAUGGACCUAUAUGCCUGCAUGAUCUGUUCCCUGGUGAACAGCACUGGGCAAUAGAUCUGAAGAUUGUUUCUGAAUUUGGAGGAGUGAAAAUGCAAUUAGGCUAUGAAAGCAUUUGUAGCUAUGACUUCAAUAGGCCAGAUUGCUCAGCCAAGAAAUGAGACCCUUUAUGUGUUUGCUCACCUUUAUUUGCCAUUUGUUUUAGUUCUCUCCCCAAGGAGAGUGUCCUGGAUAUAGCCUCACACUGGAAGUUCUCCCUGGAUUAUCCUAUUAAAAGUAGAAACAUUUUCAAUAAAGAUUUAAAGGAACUUUCUGAUGCCUAAAGUGCUUUAUUUCCUAUCACAUUAAUCCUACUUGGCUCUUGACACUGU